GGAUAUUAAAAGUGAUAUAUCCCACCACAAUAACACUUAUAAUCUCGAGAGUAUUCGGUGGGAUAGCGGCCAGCGGGGUUUUCAUGACUAUCCCUAUUUACGUGAAGGAAAUAAGUGACGAUUGCAAUCGGGGUGCCUUAGCCGCGAUACUACCAAUCGCCCAGUAUGUAGGAGUCAUCAUAAUGUAUGUGCUGGGUACCUACCUGGACUACUACCAUGUGGUAUACUGCGUCAUUGGUGUUCCGAUUCUGAUGACAGUUCUGCUACUGAGAGCACCAGAGUCGCCUAACUUUUUGGUGAAGCAAGGACGCAUCGACGACGCUUUAGAGUGUGUAGCGUUGCUCAGGGGCUUGGAGAAGACUGACAGUAGAGUUAAGAACGAGGUAGAGAACAUGGAGAAGACUGAUGCCAUCAACAAAAAGCUGCCUGAAAUAUCAACAUUUAAAUUAGUGAAAAACCAGAAAUGGAGGAAAUGGGUAUUCUUCAUCGGUAUCUUGUUCACGCUUCGCGGCUGGAAUGGGACCCUGUGUAUCCAGACGUACGCUGUAUCAGUGCUGUAUUCCACCGGGGUGACGUUCAAAAUCAGUCCCGAAAUCCUCACGUUUGGUUUCCCCGUGGUGAUGAUAGCGACGGCCCUUCUACUGACUGUGUUUGUGGAACGGUUUGAGAGAAAGCGUCUACUAUGUCUUGCUCACCUGAUAACCGCUAUCUGCAUGGUAGCUAUCGCCGUGGUGACGCUGUUACAAUCCCACGGCACAGACAUACCCAGCUGGCUGCCUAUAACCGCCAUCGUGGUCAUCUCAGCCGCGUUCUCUGGCGGUGUAUCGCCUCUGCCCUACGUAUUGGUCACAGAGAUGUUCCCUUUUGCGAUCCGUGCAAAGGUGAUCGGUAUAAUAUCGGUGUACGGUUGGUUCUCUAUAUUCAUCAUAACGUUCCUUCAUCCGAUCCUGGUCACCCAUAUCGGUAGCCCUAACACGUACAUAAUAUAUGGAGCACUGAAUCUGUUGGCUGCCAUAUUCGUUAUAAUAUUCCUGCCGAAGACUAGAGGGAAAUCCGAGGCAGAAAUACAGAAAGUCAUGGGCACUGAAUAA